AUGCCUCCUCGGCGUGCGUGUGACGUUUGCUACAAGCGAAAGAUCCAAUGCCUAAUCAGGGCUCCCGGUGAUCCUUGUGACUGGUGUAAGAGUCAAGGACAGACUUGCACCUUCGACAGGGUCAUUCAGAAGGAUCCAAACAAGAGGACCACGUCCGAUGUUGUACAGGAACUGUCCCAUCGGGUAGAGAAGCUUGAAGAUGCCCUCCGGUCCGCACUGUCUACGAAUACGCCCGCUGGCCCCUCGCCUUGGUCUGAGGGGCCAUUUCUGGAGGAAUCAAGUCGCAUCCCUUAUUUUUCUACAUCCCUCGCCACUGUUACUGGCCAGCGGUCGGCCCUAAGUCUUCCAACUGCUCCCACAACAGCUGGAACACCUCGAUCUGAGCCCGCCUAUAAGCUAUCACGAUGUCAGGUCGGUAACAACUGGUAUUUCAAGGGAGUUGGGCUCCUGUCGUCGCGUGGCCGGCAGUGGAUCUCGGAAGGAACAGGGCAGAGCGUGUUUUUGGAGAAUUUUGACCUCUUCGAUAAUCCGGUCGGAGCGAGACCAUGUCUUACCUCUCCUUUUCUGCCGGAACGAGCGAGAUCGCUGCCUCCUGAGCCUACCUGUAACGAUCUCUUUGAUAUUUUCCUGAGGUCGAAGACUUUUAUUGUCUUUCCUAUCCUCGAUGGUGGCCUUUUUGAGGAUGCCAUCGCCAGAGCAUACGAUACCGCAUCUGACGGGCUAUCUCGAGCAUCAACGGAGGCGUGUCUUUGGGCCAUGAUUGCUCUUGCCGUACGGACGGAAGAGGCUCAGCAACUUGAUUCUCUGCCGGAAGCAGAAGACUGCGUUCAGGAGGUCAGACGUCUUCUGAGCCUGGUCAACGGUGCCGCGAACCUUGACAUUCUAGAGGCUACACUUUUAUUGUGGGUAUAUCAAAAAUUGAAAGGAAAAUGCCGAGAUGCUUCGAUCACGUUUACAAGCGCCUGUCGCAUGGUAUGUGAUCUUGGGGGUCAUAUCCUCCUGCCAGAUCUUGCCAUCCUACCCCAACACAUCCCCAUAUUCGAUCAGCAAUCAAGACUCCAUAUUCGGGGACUGUUUUGGCUGUGUUACUGCUUCGACAAGGAUGCCUCCCUUCGCACCGGCAGUCCUCUAUUACUUACUUCUGAUUACUGCGAUUUGAGUGGCCCAGGGGAACAUAGCAAUCAAGCAGCUCGGUACAAUCAGUCGCGAGACACAAACCUCGCACAAAGCGAGCUCCUAGCACACGUCCGACAAAUUGACGACGAGCUUGAGGAAUGGAGAUUAUCCAUCGAACCAGGCUAUCGCCCCAGACUAUCGAUCCUAUCAGACAGCUCCCUCUCGGUAUCUCGAGCUAUGAGUCCGGAAGACCGCACACAUGCCAUCAAUUUACAGCUUGACUACCUUUUCACAAUGAUCAAUAUCCACACAUUGGUCCGGAAGUGCGGCGAUCUGGAGCGGAACCUACCGGAUGACCUGCACAGCGUGGUGCACUCGAGCGCCGACCUAUCCAUCGAAGCCAGCCGGUCCAUCUUCCGCUUCUUAGAAACCGUCGUCGACUUCUGGCAAGAGGAUUCAGUAUGGGUUGUGUCCCACUAUGCGCCGAUGGCUGCUAUGCCACUUUUCCUUAACAUUAUUAUUCACCCGCUCGGCAAUCCGGCAGAUAGCGAUCUGCAGAUCUUGUCGUCUAUCGGCAAUAUCACUCGCAAGAUUCCAACGGAGAGGCUGUCGAGGGAAGAGAUAGAGCAUAUUCAAGAGAUCGGCGAGUUCGUGAUGCAGCUUAUCCAGCUCGGGCAUAGCGCAGCAUGGAAGGCCAAGAAGGGGGAAAGAGAGCAUGACCUUGAUAUCAUUCAUAGAUAGGAGAUGUAGGCAAUCUCGUUGCUAUUGCUGUAGGGAUCGAUUCAUUUAAAGAGAACAAGAACAAG